GAUUUUCAACUCUUUUUCAAAAUGAAUUAAAUUAUAAGUGCUUCUUAAUAUAAUAUAAUUCAUACAAUAAAGUGUUGCGUACACUUGUAUAAACAGCUGCCAGCACUGUCUCUGGACGAAGUAGGAAGCGUUGCGCGCUGUAAUUCGCAAUACAGCUGUCGCCGCCGAAGACGACGCCGCAGAGAAAUUCUUAACCGCAAGUGUUUUGAGUGCGCGGCCAAAGCUAAAUCCAACGAUAAUUCCACGUCAAAUUCAUUGCUAGGUUUGCCGCUAACAUGAUACCGUUAACACAUAAAGAUCGUACUAAUUUUGGCUAUCGGAUUAAGGAGAAAUUAAACAGCUGGAAGCGACUUAUUUUUGCAGACCCCAAUUCCAGAAAUUUGUUUCUGUUUCUACUGUUGAACUUAAGUUUCGCCUUCGUGGAGCUUUUCUAUGGCAUUUGGACAAACAGCUUGGGUCUAAUCUCAGAUUCGUUUCACAUGUUCUUUGAUUGCACGGGGUUGUUGGCUGGUCUUGCUGCCUCUGUUAUUACGAAAUGGAAGGCCAAUGAUAAGUUCUCUUAUGGCUAUGUGCGCGCCGAGGUGUUAGCCGGCUUUGUGAACAGCUUAUUUUUGCUAUUCAUUGCCUUCUUUAUACUGUCUGAGGGCGUGGAGCGCCUAAUUGAGCCGCCAGAAGUUAAGCAUGAGCGACUAUUCGUAGUAUCCGUGCUGGGCUUGCUUGUAAAUCUGGUGGGUAUAUACGCAUUCAAUCAUGGUGGACAUGGUCAUUCACAUGGAGGCGGUGGCCACGGACAUUCGCACGGUGGCGGCAGCAGUGCAUCCAAUCAUGGACAUUCCCACAAUCACAACGAAAUAGAUAAUCAUGAUCACCAGACAAUCUUGUUAGAUAAUGGUCACGGACAUGGCCAUAGCCAUUCACAUUCUCAUGGCAGUCAUGGGCACUCGCACGAUCUUACCGGCAGCGGUAGUAAUUCUCAAAUCAUGCGCGGAGUCUUCCUGCACAUUCUGGCCGAUACACUGGGAUCUGUGGGUGUCAUCAUAUCGGCAGUGCUUAUGCAGAUGUUUGGCUGGAUGAUAGCGGAUCCCAUUUGCUCCAUAUUUAUAGCAGUGCUCAUUGCGCUUAGCGUGCUCGGCUUAAUCAAGGAGUCCAUUCUGAUAUUAAUGCAGCGGCAGCCUUCUGAUCUGGACCACUCACUGUUGCAGUGUUAUCAAAAGGUCACCGGCCUGGCAGGUGUCUAUUCGGUGCAAGACCCACACUUUUGGACGCUUUGCUCGGAUGUCUAUGUGGGUGCUAUUAAGUUGGAGGUGUCCAAGAAUGUAGAUCCCACGUAUGUGGUCACGCAUACGCGCAUGAUCUUCGAGGCCGUUGGCGUCAAGCAGAUUUACAUACAACUCGACUAUGUGUGAUGAUAUCGGUGCUUCUAACAUCUAAUAAUGAUAUACAUAUGUAAGAUAUGCCAACUAUGUAUAUUGAGCAGCGUGUGUAUUGUAUGAAUGUAUGUAUGUGUUUUUAACUAAACUUAAGUUUCGUAGGCUGCAAAAAUGAUCUGUUAAGUAUGCCAUUCGUUUUUAUUGUGCAUUUUUGUUAAUGCGCUCAUUCCAAUCUUAUAUCAAAAUAGAAAGCAAGCUAAGUGCAA